GCAGUGUGCAUGAUGAUGCAGCGAAGCCCGUGAGCGUCGAUCGCGACAAUCUGUAUGAAUUGCCAGAGCAAUUAGGCGUUUGCUUGAAUGGAAUUCUCGCUUCGGCUGAUGGCCAGACCGAGCAGAUCGAAUUCCACGAGUUCGAAGAUUUCGAGCCGGACGAACUAUUCGAGAAGUUAUCGCUGUUUGAAAACUUGCGAACACUGCGACGUCGGCUUUUGAACCCCAAGCACUUUGAUUCGGCCGCAGCUGAAGUGAUGAGCUGGGCCCGAUCGUCCGAAGUUUCUUCCGCAGCAGAGGCGACCGAAGCGUCCGGUGUUUCGGCAGCGGCACCAGGGUCGGAAGAUCUUUUCGCAGACGUACUUUCUCAAUCGCACGACGCCAGCGGUUCGCCAUUGGAAACAGGCAAUUGGGAGGCGUUCAUACAAGAGGUGCUUGCCGGGAGCAACAUCCAGAAAGUCGAUCCACGCCAGGAUGAUUUGGUUGCCCUCGUGGAUCAGGCGAUUGAAGAAUCGAUGCGGUUGGUCCUGCGUAGCCCUAAGUUUCGUUCGUUGGAAAUGAACUGGCGUGGACUGCGGUGGCUAACUUUUCAGGUCGAGACGCACGCGAAGCUUAAGUUCUACGUGCUGGACAUCUCAGCUCAAAGAUUUCGAGAAGCACUCGAAUCGGACGAUUGGCAGAGCGGCUGGUUGGCCGAGACGAUUACGAAGCCAUCCAAAACGCCAGGAGCAAUUCCUUGGGGAAUGGUUGGCUGUUUGUUUCCAUUGGGCGUGAAUCAGGACGACUUAAUCCUAGCCGCGAAACUGGGAGAUCUAUGUCAAACCGCUGGGGCUGCUGCCGCAGUCGAGCUUCGAGCCACCAAGCCAGACUGGCUCGAAAUGGACGACGCGGUCCAUGACUUUUGGCAGGCCAAUCGCAUGACGCGACCGAUGUUGAACAUGGCAGGGCUUUGGCCACGCGUUCAAUUGCGGUUGCCGUAUGGAAAGAAGUAUAAAUCAACCGACCGUUUCUCGUUUGAAGAGGUCUCGCAGCCAGGCGGAAGCCAAUUGGCAUGGGGAAGUCCUGUGUGGCUGGCAUGUGCCGCAAUCGCCCAAGGAUAUAACGACUCAGGCUGGGGGCUCGAUACAUCUGCGGUAUCCCAGUUCGGCGACUUGCCGCUCUAUUACGAUCCGGCCGACGAUGGCGAUGCCUACCCUUGUGGCGAGCACCUGUUGACGGACGAAGAGUUCGCCAAGCUGAUGGAUCUGGGAUUAAGCCCCGUCAUUUCGUUCAAGAAUCAGGAUCGUGUUCAAGUGCGUGGGCUUCAGUCCAUGCGUGGCGGAAAGCUGCAGGGACCUUGGAGCUGA